AUGUUUCUUAAAAGCGACUCUCGAGGUGAGAAAUUCGAGCUGUUUCUAGAGGGCGUAAAAGUUCAAGUGUUUGAGACGGUCGGGGAUGCUACGGACACACUACCGGUAACGCCGAAAGCACAGCACUGUGGCGCUCACCAUGGCAAAAAGUCAAACCGUGCCUCGAUCCGGGAAGUGCUCAACACGUCCGAUCUCUUCCAGCUGUACAACACGCUGAAGCUGGUAAAGGUGGAUCUGCUGUGGGGCCGCCAAGACGCGGAAGACAGCGUCGACGAGUCGGCCGUCAUGGGCUGCAGCACGACCGCAUCGUCGAAAGUGCACGACAAAGGUACCACGAACGCCAGCAAUGCGAGCCUGCUUGCCAGGGAAGGGUCACCGGUGGGAAACGAAAAGACGGUCGACAGUAGCAUCACCGGAACACAGGCACCGGCCGGUGGUGGUACGCCAAAGGGACAUGCUCGCCGACCGAGCACCGUCUCGGUGGCGUCGUCCAACUCGGCGAGCACACUGAGCGAUUCCGACAGCGAAGCAUCGGCCGAGAACGAUUCCGGCAUCGAAUCGGAGGGUAAUCAGGAGCAGGACCGGAGUACCGAGUUGGCCAAGCAGUUUCGCACCCAUCUGCUCGGUCUGUACCGGUCGCUCGAACAGAUGAGUGAAGCGGCCAACUAUUUGACCACUCGGUACCAGAGUGACGUCGGCCCGGUCUAGGGUUUCUCGCGACUGUGCAGACGCAGAAACCCAGCAGCGUGUCGCGGCAGCGGUACGUACGUCCGAGAACAACGAUCCGAGGGUCGCAGUGGGAAGACGAACUGCAGCUGUCGCCGUGUUGCUUCCUUUCGUGCACUGUGAUAUCGUCCUCGCUGGUUACUCCCAGACCUCCAUCAACUCCUCCAACACCAGCGUGUGAUUGUUUUGCGACGAUUGUCCCUCUCAAGGAGGUCGGCAGUGAGAUUGUAUCUGCAGCUUUUCAGCACUCUAGCGAUUUAUGUAUGUAGCGAUUAGCCAGUGGUGCAGAAUGAGAGAAUGCUAGUUAAGUUGCCGCAAGUAGAGCGGGUUACGGCAAUUUGAAAAAGGCGUAGCAUAGAGUGAUGAGAUGCAUAUUCCUUGCGCUUUCUUCCACUCCUGGAACCGUGUUGUUACUAGCCUUAUGAUGAUGAUUUCCAGCAGCGAGAGAAAGUUACGAGAAAUUGCUUUCCGUUUCCGAUCCUGUGGUGAUAGAAUUGGUCCCCUAAAAACUUUGCUUUUCGUUCGUUAAAUUCCUAUCACUAUCAAUGUGUGUUUGCAUGUGAGAUGAGUGAGUGUGCAUGAGAGAUAAAGACGUGUUUGUGAUUGCUUGAGUGUGAUAAACGAAAGAAGGAGGGACGUGACGCGUCGCAUUAUUGCUACCGAUUCGAAGAGCCAUUUCUCACAAGACAAGCAGACAUAAUUAAUGUUUUUUUUGCACGAAAAGCAUUUUUCGCCGGGGGCCCGAAAUCACGUCGUCUGCUUGAUCUUGGUUUUCCAGAUAAAUAUCUCCACGCGCUUGUCGACAUCUCAACUCUCGCAAUUGGGACUCGUCGAGGACACGCUAUAGGUUGUGGGCUCGUAGGAAAAGAAUUGUUCGUGCCCAAUGGCAUACUAAAUUAUUUAAUGUAAAUUGUUAACAUUCGUGUGUUUGGUCUCAUGUUUUAGCUACUCUGCUGUUUCACUAUCUGCCAGAGCGGCGCGUUUCGAAAGAGAUUGUUCUUUCUGUUUUCGUUGGAGUGCGGUUUGUUGUUUGGAACCCGUGUGUCACAAACGGUAAAUUUUAUUGCAAAAAAUGCGCCAAUGAGAGAUUUUUUCAAACUUUCGUUGCGUGUUUAAUCAUUAGGGGAUGGAUCAGAGAACUUUUAAUGGUCAUAUAUUAUAUGCCCCUUGAAGCGUUACUCUAUAUUUUUCAUUGCGUGUUGCCAUUGUUUCAAUGGAGAACACACACACGUAACGAUCGAAACGCCUUUGGACGUGUUUAUUAAGAUUUCCAGCAAAUGCUCGUUCGCCGAUGUUCAAUUCGAAGAUCAAAAUAUAUGCAAUUGAGAGAGAGGGAGUUAUGUUCCGCUUAUAUGGAUGACAAAAAUAGUUAUUUAUUAUUGUCCUGGUUCGCUUUUCAAGUACGCUUCAAACAGAACAUAUCCCUCGAUCUGGAACAUGCGCGCACGGUCAUCACCAACCAUCCCAAGAAGUCUACCUAAAACUCCGACCGCACUGCGUUAAGCAAUGGAGUGCUAUCGUGAAGGAUAUAAUCCAACCAAAAACCUUUGCUAAACUCACUUCUCAGGAUUCCAUUACAAAAAAAACGGAAAAUGCAUUCUGGUUCUGCCGAUGUUGCGGGCGAUAGUUUAGUGUAGUUUUUGUUGAAUGGAAAAUUUCUGCUGCAUUUCUCCCUGCCGUCAUAUCAUCGUCAUGCGCGCACCACAAUCGAACUGCUUGCAGUAGGAUAAAAGGCAUACAUAAAAAAAAAAACAAACUCGCGAACACACAAUGCGCUUCAUUUUGAUGUUUGAUAAAAAUCUGGCAAAUGGGAUAAUCUAAGUUCUUGCGGUGAUAGUUAAGGGAAAAACGGGCCGAAUGCAAGGGGCGCGCGUGCGCUGUGAGCAUAUCCUACAGAGAGCCCUGGGUUUGUUUGUUGGGUUUCGCAAAUUUUCCACUCAAAUUCAUCGUCACUCUUUGCGCUGCGAGUGGAAAUUUGAAUAAACAAUAUUCUAACGGGAAGAUCCCCCACGGGGGCACACGUGUGGGCUGGAUCAGCUUGUUCGCAGGUUGACGCUUUGCCGCCGGGGGGAGAAAUAGCGACACAAAUCCGCCACAUUCGCGACGGUGGUACGUAGAGACCACCAACAUUCUUAGGUACGUUGUUGGGUGGAAAAUAGUAACAAUCUGAGUAUCUUUAAAUAUGAUAGCAAACGAUGCGUAACCCAUUCCGUUAAAAGUAAAUGAGUAAAACGCCGUGCCGUGUUACCGUACGGCGGCGGCGGGGUGGCAUGAUGGUGCAAAACGCAAAAGAAAGAGAAUUACAAAUGAAGUGAUGCGAGUUUCCAAAAACACACAAGAGCACGACGGACGGACGGUCGCAUAAGUGGCAAGAAGCGGCAAAAGAGAAAGCGUGUCGUUGAUGAUAUAAAAAUGCAUCAUGGGAAAGUAGAGAUAGGGAGUGACGACAACAAAGGGAACGAAUAGAUUGAGCAAAUCGCAACAAGUGGACUGAAAAGAGGAAACGUGGAGAGGGCGCCGGGGGGGCAAAUACGAGUUUUAUUCGCAUAAAAUACUGCAUAAAUAUCAAAGAGACAAGACAACGCAAUCAAAAUACGAGUUGCCCCGCAAAAAAAAAGCGUAUGGACGAAGCGCGGGAAGAGAGCGCGCAAAUAGAAGAGAUCUUCACACCGAAAGCGAAGAAUGAUGAUUUCGCGCUCUCGCGGACACAAGUCAGUUGUAAAGUAUGUUAAUUUAGCUGUAAAGGAACACGGUGUUAAAGUCAAGUGCGAAGAAUCUGAUGCAGCGUUACGAAGAAAUAAAAAGUGAAAUAGAGAAAAUA